CUGGCUAGGUGUGGCUCAAGCUCAUUGAGGAAAAGCAUAUAUCAACACAAAGAUGGUGUCUUUAAGCUUCAAUAUUAUCACCUUUCUAGUACUAAUGGUGCUCCCUCUGCUACAUGUAACUCAGUCAGCUAGCACUGCAGAUAUGAGUGAAGUACCGGCUUCUGGUGAUCAUGAAACUAUUAAACCAGUAGUUGUGCCAAGAAUGGGCACCCUGAAUCUGAAUCAACAGGAAACCUGUGAAGUUUCAAACAGGAGAUUUCUUGGGAGGAAGAUGAUGUUUAAAAGGAUUUUGGGAAUGGUAAAAGAGGAAGCAGGAUACUUAAAUGGAGGACAAUCUUCCAAGAGUAUUGCUACUUCAUCAGGUUCUGCGCAUCCUGUCAAAAACAGUAUCAAUAUCAAUGUACGACCACAAAGAUUGAGAAACAUUAGUAGAGGACAUCCUCAUACUCGUCGUCGUGUGAAGGUGAAAAUAGCUGGUAACUUUAUACCUUUGAAUGCUGAUUAUCAUGUUCCAAGACCUCACCCGCCCAAGAAUAACUAAAUAACAGC